AGGUGGGUCAGAAACACAAGUUGUGUUCAGGCAAUCCAUGUGCCCACAUGGAUGAUGAUAGAGAAAAGAAAAGAACUGCUACAACAUGAAGUAGUAGUAGUAGCAUAGUAACAGAAAAGACCAGUAGAAGAGAACAAACCCAAACCGAAAACUUAGUGGUAAACUCUAUUCUUUUUCUGUUGCAUCCAACAAAAAUAGUAGUUACUCUUUGUCUUUGUUGUCCUUAAACCAGAAAAAUAGAAUCUCGAGUUGAUUGAGAGAGAGAGAGAGAGAGAGUGAGUGUUUGUGGGUUUGAGUGAAAGAGAUGAAAGAAAAUAAUGAUGGGUUUGUAAGAGCAGAUCAAAUAGAUCUGAAAAGUUUAGAUGAACAACUUGAAAGACAUCUUAGUAGAGCAUGGACUAUGGAGAAGCAAAGAGAUGGAACAGCUACUGGAGGAAAUGAUAGAGCUGGCCGGGAAGAAUGGGAGAUAGAUCCAGCUAAACUUAUUAUUAAAACUGUUAUUGCUCGUGGUACUUUUGGUACUGUUCAUAGAGGCAUUUAUGAUGGCCUUGAUGUUGCCGUUAAACUGCUUGACUGGGGAGAAGAGGGCCACAGAACAGAAUCUGAAAUUGCUUCACUUAGGACUGCUUUCACCCAAGAAGUUGUUGUGUGGCAUAAACUAGAUCAUCCCAACGUGACUAAGUUUAUUGGGGCUACAAUGGGUAAUUCAGGGCUGAGCAUACAAAGUGACAGCGGUUUCAUUGGGAUGCCAAGUAAUAUUUGUUGUGUUGUUGUUGAGUACCUUCCUGGUGGUGCACUCAAAUCUUACCUCAUAAAGAACCGCAGAAAGAAGCUGCCUUUUAAAGUUGUUGUUCAACUGGCUCUAGAUCUUGCGCGAGGGUUGAGUUAUCUUCACUCGAAGAAGAUUGUGCAUAGAGAUGUCAAGACAGAGAACAUGCUUUUGGAUAAGCAGCGUACAGUAAAGAUAGCUGACUUUGGGGUUGCUCGUGUUGAGGCUCAAAACCCUCAUGAUAUGACUGGCGAGACAGGAACUCUGGGUUACAUGGCUCCUGAGGUACUAAAUGGCAACCCGUACAAUAGGAAAUGUGAUGUAUACAGCUUCGGUAUAUGCUUGUGGGAGAUAUACUGCUGCGACAUGCCGUAUCCUGAUUUGAGUUUCUCAGAAGUGACAUCAGCCGUCGUCCGUCAGAAUUUGAGACCAGAAGUACCUCGUUGUUGUCCUAGUGCUCUAUCAAACGUAAUGAAGAAAUGCUGGGAUGCAAAUCCUGACAAGCGGCCAGAAAUGGACGAGGUUGUAACGUUGAUAGAAGCCAUCGACACAACAAAGGGUGGAGGAAUGAUCCCUGCUGAUCAGGCUCAGGGUUGUUUAUGUUUUCGCAAGACACGAGGCCCCUGAAAGUAUUAUCCCUUGGAGCAAAGACAUAACAAAGUGGCGUAUGGAAAGCUCAGGAAAUAAUUGGGAUUUGUAUUCAAGGAAAAAAAUUGUGAUGUCACAGUAGAGAGAACUUGAUGGAUUCAUGCUGAAAGAGAGAAAAGAUCUCUUCAACAUCUCCUAGGAUGAUGGUGUAAAGCUUUUUUUGUUUUUUUUUGUUUUUUUUUGUUUCUUCCUGUGUUUAUUGUGUAUUUUCAUUGAAGUGAGUCCAGUUCUAUGAUGUACCGGCUGGUUCUCCACUAUUCUGUAAGAUUAGCUUCUGUGUUCCAUUAUUAUUAUGAUGAUGGUCUGACCAUUUUUAAGUAAAAAGAACUAUUUUCAUUCCUCAGAA